CAGUGCUCUCAGUCUCAGCAGCUGAAGCUGGGCGCAGGGGAACUGCGACGGCCGCGCCAAGCAUCUUCCCAGUGAUGGCCUCUGCUGAGCAACCGUGCUCCAGCUUCCACCAGCAGCACUGCGCAUAAGGCAACACACCCACCUUUGCCCUCCCGCCCAGAAGUGAGAGACACCACCAUGUACAGCGUGGAGGACCUCCUCAUUUCACAUGGAUACAAACUGCACAAGAGCGGCCCUCCGUCUGCCACGCCUUAUGAUAAGCGCCCUGCCGAUUGCCAGCGUGAACUUGUGGACAACAGGGCUGGCCGGGGGACACUGAACGGGUAUGAGGUAGAGAGGGGGGCAUCUAUCACAGGCAUAUACGGCAGUAGGCAGGCACUGAUGAAGGGUUACCCUGCCACCGACACCGAGAGCGGGGAACGGAGAAAAGGAGCUGGCAUUGGUAUCCUAGGUGACGCUCAGCCCUUGGGUGAUUCUCUAGCCACAGAUAGUGGGUUCUACGAUGUUCCUAGUCUGACUUAUUCAGAGCCAAUAAGCCAUGAUGAGAGAGAUAUUUCCUACUGGCGGAGGCGAGGCCAAGACUUCAGUAUCCUUCUGGACUAUGCUGAUGGCAGGGAGUUAAGGGCUUCUGCUGGAGCAUGGAGGCCACAAGCCCUGAUCAGUGCAGAGCAAUACAGGGCAGAGAGGCAAGCGCAACAGCUAUGGGAGGACAUUUCCUGGUUAAGGGACCCAGAUGCAGGCCCUGGUCAGCUAAGGGUGACAGGGGAGAGGAAGUGCCAAAGUCUUGGUACAGAGGAGUGGAGGCCUGCUGUGGGCCUGGGAAGGCAGCUGUCAGAUGGCGAUGGGGAAAGGUGGGCUAAGGACCAGUACCGCCUGAGGACACCUGAGGGUUUUUUUCACCCUAGAACUAAAGCAAAGUCUCAGUCUCUGCCAAGAGUUUUGUCACCUGAUGGACCUGACAGCAGAGAGCUCAUUCCAUCAAGACCUAGCCUACCUGAUAGACAGAGGUUAAACAGCACUGUUUUCUCUGGACCUUAUAGUAGGUAUGUCUAUGGUGGUGGCAGGGACCGGUGGGGUAGGAAUAUCGGGCCAAGCAGCCAUGUUGCACUUUUACCAAAGCCCAGGUUCAGCAGGCCUUUAAAGCCUCCAUCAUAUGAGAUUCACCAGCAGACUAGGGGUAGCGCAGAAAUGCUUGCUAUAGACCAGGGUGCCAAACAAAAAGACAGAUCCAUCUAUUAUAUGAGAGGCGGAGAGCUAAGACAAGACUAUUUCGCACAACACUCUGCCAUCACUGGAAUGGAGCCCCCAGGCUACAUCCCACCCCCCUCUUAUAAGAGAGCCCCACCCCCAAGAGCAGUUUCAAUCCACCGCAAUGAAUUGGCAAACGUAAGAUGGAGGGCAGAAGCUUUGCAGAUGCCCAGUUCAGAUCCAGGAAGGUGGUUUUCCAAACAGGGAAGCGGCUCAUGGUUGGAAUAUUAUGGAGAGCGCAGUGCAUCCUAUCGAAAACAGGUACAUUCUGGACUUGAAGAGCAACCAGGUCAUGUUCGUCAAUUACCCACUGAAGACCCAAGAGUAAAACAAAUCUCAGGAGGGCCUGGUGGAAGUUCUCUCACUGAUUCAGACAAGAUCCGUAACAUCAACAAAGAGAUUCUGCCUGCUAAGUCUUUAGGACAAUCUACACAUGAUAGUGCCUUUCCUCCCCAACAGGGGGCAACUCUCAAUACUGAAACCCGCAAAGCAGCUCCCAGUGAAGACAGCAGUAAUCGAUGGUGCAACAGGGGUAUAAAAAAAAGUGACAGUGUAGGUCCUGAACAAAACCGUAGUCAAUUCCUUCCUUCAUCUAUUCUUGGUAAACCACCACCACCACCAUGUAAGCCGGCUGACCAGGGUGUCGCUGAAACUGUGACAGAGAUAAAGAAGGUGGAACAACCUGAACCACCUGAGACAAAAGACAAAACCAAGAAUCUAAAAAAGAGACUUAGUGAAACAAUCUUUUGUUUAGUGUCUGUCCCUGUUACUCCACAGCUCACUGGGACAAUCCGUGAUCAGAAUAACAACAAUGAAAAGUCACCAGACCCAGUGGGCAGUCCUAGUGACAACAAAACUGGCCAUUUAACAAACCAAAGUCUCCAAAGCACAUCUUCAGCUGAAGCUGAGCUGCAAGCCCUUACUGGUAGCAUAGCAAGCAGCAAAACUAGCAGUAGAGCAAGCAGCAAAAUGUUUAAAAAAUUAUCCUGCAGACCCCCUAAGAUUAAUCAUUACAAGGAGCUGAAGCUGUCAGGAUCCUGGCCUGCAAACCAGUAUCGAGAUCAGGAGACACAAACUAGCCCAGAGACCCGAAAACCUGCCCCUGAAAACAAGGAAGCACAACAAGACCCUGUUCCUUCUGACACUGAAGUUGCUCCAGAUAACAGUGGUGUAUUGGGUACUACCUUCAGUUUUCCUAUGAAGGGAGUGAAAAGUUUGAAACUGUCAAGUAACAGCGCCUUUUCUCUGACCUCCACCUUCUCCAGCCAGCUGAACAAGAGCACAGCUCAGCAGCCAGCAGCCCCACCCUCAGGAAAUGUGGAGGAAGCAAAUCGAGCGGCAAACAGUGGGCAGGAGGUAUCUGAACCAUUACUGCUGAAACCAACCACACAGCGACCAUGGGAUGCUGUCAAAGAGCUGGAAAGUAUCAAGAAAGAAGUCCAGGAUCAACAGCAACAGCAGAUUAGCAAACAGCCCAGUGUUGACAAGUGCAUAGAGGACCUAAAUGAGGCCUACAAAGACAUCUUAGAGCUUGGCACUGCCAGCAAUAAAGUUCCAAAUGGCUCCGUUCAAAUCCCUGAGCGUAUCAAAAUCCGACUGACAUCAGAACCUCUCAACAAGCCCAGCAGCCUUAGGCGCAGUGCAGUAAGCUGGUCUGUUGACCCAGAAUACAGAGAAGUGAAGAGUGCUUUCUCUAGGCCUGCAACGAAGUCAGUAACUUUCAGCAAGCAGCUUAGAGAAGAGCUCCCAGUCCCACCUCGUGAGACAGGCUUCAGAGAAUACAGGGUUGUUGCACAUCUUUCGCGUAGAAGGAGCAAUGACGGCAGGACAGUGAAACUAGAUCUGCCGGAUGAGCCUAUCGAGACACCACUUUGUGACUUCAGUCCAACCACUAACACUGCAGCAGCUGAGGUACCGUGGGCAGACAGACAGCCCAUGCAAGAUGCCUCUACGCUCACCAGUCCUCCAGAUUAUGAGGACAUAUGCCAGACUUUGCGUCAGUCUAAAGACCCUGCAGAUGCCAACAGAGGGUCUGCAGGCCAACCCAGACCUAAUGACAUGGAUUCUCUUCAAGAUCUUAGUGCUGAAUCUGAGGAGGAGUGUCCUAUUUGUAAAAGAGAGCUUGAGAAUCAGAUGAGACAGGGUCCGCUGCCUCCUCUCCAUGAGGAGAAUAGCUCAGACAGCUCAGCCAAUCAAAAUGGCAGUCCACCACAACAUGCUGCAUUAGAAAGUCCAGCAGAGGAUUCAAAGACAGAGGAACCAAACAACUCAAGUCUGAAUCAAUCAGGGUCUGAUCAUUGUGCUGAAACACAGGAACAGCAUGCACUGACACAAGAGGGAAAUUGUGAAAAAGCAGGUGAUGCUCAGGCAGAAAACUCAGACAGUCCAUGCACAGUUAAACCUGCUGAGAGCAUACCAGCAAAUGGAGCUACUGGGGAUCUUUCCUCUUCGUCCACCAUAUUAGCAACAGAUCUGCCUUCAGACCCCCCUGUUGCAGAGGAACUAAGAGUUAAUGAAACCACAUCUAAAGAAGUAGAACUAGAAGACAAGAAAGUCGUGGCAGGAGAACCACCUGAAGGCAGUGCAGACAAACAGACAGCUGAAGUGAAAGGUGAUGGGCAUGACGACACAAUGCCCGAUGACAAGCAGGAGCAAGAAAAGAGGCCAUUUGCUGUCCCAGAGCAUCGAGUUGGUGCACGAACUCUGGGUCGAGACCAUCCAGGGUUACCUGAGUUUCCACCAGAUAGACUGCCACUUUCAGUUCCCCCAAACCUAGACCGAAGAUUAUCCCUUAGCUUGGAGGGGGAGAGGAGGACCAAGGGCCCUUCCCAUCGGAUAGAAGCAUUGCAGAACAAGUUGGCAAUCUCUCCGGGUCGGGUGGCAGUUGAACGGCUGGCCAGGAUGAGAGAGGUGGAUGUUAUAUGUCGCGUGAGACGCCUGAGCAUCAGGAGUACUGACUCUGGGGAGGCUGAGGGGGAGGGGGAGGGCAGGGAGGAACAAGUGGAGGAGCUCCAGGAAGUACCUCAGAAAGACAAAGAGAAAAACCAAGAGGUCACUCAGUCAGAGCAAGCUGCUGAGGAGACAGUGUUGCAAGAUUAGCAGAAGUCAUCUCCCUCAGAACCCCUCGAUCCCAGCCGAGUGGAGACAGUGUAGAAAAACUGCGUCCGUCAUCUCCAUCUGAGGUUUUAAGCUCCAACACUGUGACCUGGCUGCCUACUAGAAUGCCUUCAUCUCAUCUUGACACUAAAAUGGCCUUCUUGUCCGACAAGAGCAUUGUGUACACCUUCACGCUCGGCGCUGCAUUGACUACUAUGAGUGCUGUUCCACUGCCAAAAGGGAGGAGCCCCAUAAACUUGUGGGGCAACUUCCACCCCGAAUCCCUCCCUAGCCCUCCCAAACUGACUUCACACCUCUCAAUCUGCCCUCCACGCCCAGCCCCAUUCUCUUAUAGGGUUUCUACUAGUCUUCUUGUAGCGGCUUGUCCUUUCUAUUUUAUCCUCCUUAUGCUUUUCUCAUUGGCAGACAUUAUGCAAUCCUGUCAUGCAUACUAGAGCUUCUAAAAAUGUCCAUAGCGAAAAUGAAUUUCGCAUUCUGAGCAAAUCUGUUUGUUUUUUUGGGGGGGGUGGGAGCAGUUAAGGAUAUGAAUGUAUGUGUUUAUGUUAAAGCUAAUAGACAGAGGAAGGUUAUUGUCACAAACCUGUUCUGUUGCAUUUAAACUACACCAAAACAAACUGCUUUUCUGAUUGUGGUAAGGCGACAGCUGUUUUAAGAACUGGACAUCACUGUCUUUGGCUAAAGAACUGUUUUGAUUUUCAGAAGAGAUAAGUGCGCCUUUCUGUUUUUAAGAUUUAAUGACAUUGUGCCAUACUCUCAUUGCUUUUGUACACACUGCAAACACAACCCAUAGAUCUCUUCAAUGAAGAGUGACUCUAUACCACAUGACAUGUUAUAUCAGUGACCUAUUAUACAACACACUGGUUCCACACAGGAGAGGGACAGUUGCCUUUCUUGACCACAUUCGUAAUUCCUCGUCAGAUCAGGUGAAGUCUCUUUUAAUUUCCUGAUCAAUUCAAUGUAUAGCUCAAAUUUCCAGGUAAUUUCAGGAAGCAAUACAGGCACAGAUUGAGAUGAACUUUUAGUCAGCAACUACGACGAACUUUAAAGACGGAUUUCGGGAUUUAGGGAAAAAAUAACAAAAAAAUUAUACAAUACGUAGAGCAAUAUUGUUGUAGUAACAACCCAGUGGUGUAGUGGAGCUACCUGUAGGAACCAUUGUCAGAAGUCUUAAUGUGGACAUGUCAUUCAGAUCAUAAUACAGGGAAAUGGAAUUGUGUCAGGGUAUGUGGGCGCUUAACGUCGGGUGGGUGCUUUACUUCAUGGUAUAUAUUUAUCUUCAUACAUCUGUGUUGAAAAGGAAUUACAUUUCACUGAGUAUUUAUUUUUGUUAUCAUCAAAUUGUUAAUCAGUUUGCAUAAUGUACAAAAUAAAGUAUAUUUUAAAUAUUUUAAGAGAAAUUUUGUAUUUAACCAUGAAGUUUUAUUUCUCCACACCAAUAUCAAACUGAAAGUAUCAUAUCUGUGUAUAGUAUCAUAUUGAGAGUAUACAUAAUUUUCUAGUGCUUUAAAAUCUAUCAGAGUGAUAUUAAGAAGGAGUGACCCUGUGGUGUGCCUUGAUCACAGGAUUUGUUUCAGUGAGGGAUAGGGUUCAUCAAUGCGAGAGCUGACAGGAUGGAAACUUUCAGAUUGUGCCAUGAUUUCCUAUUUGAUAGUGCUUUUUCAUAUGCUAACAGAGUCAAUGUUGGACGCUCUUUGUAGUAUUUGACACAUCAAUCCAUCUAAGCUGUAUUUCCUACGUUGGUGGUCAAACGUGACCUGUGUCUUAUCUUUGUCUUUGUAUGUCUUCUAGUUCAUGUAUUGUUAUGUUGUCGUUCCUCAAAUAUGUUAAGAAAUAAAAUUUGGAUUUUUUUCUUUUAUUUCCUCCCAUCCUUCCUUACUUUCCUUCUUCCUUCUAACUCCUUCCUUUCUUUCUCUGUUUCUUUCAUUCCACGGUGUGUUCACUUUGUGUAAAAUGUUGUGUCACCAACACUUAUUGCACUACAGGCUACAAUGCAGUGUGCUACUUUAGCCCUCAUAUCUGCAAACCGUACAAGUUUUUAUACAUUAAGAAUUUUAAUUCAAAACCUAGUGAUAAAAAUAAGUAAAAAAAUUCUUUUGUGGUUUAAAGAGUUUGCAGUUAUGUGGGUUUUCUACAUCAGCACUUUUGCAUUGAUGUAACAUAUAAAAAAACAGAACUGUAGGAAUCCAUAACUUUUCAAUCAGUCAUGAUGUAUCACUUAAUUGUUAUGUAGCAUUUUACAGUUGUAGCAUUUUAUCAACGCAGAACCUGUUCUUGGUAUUUCAAACAUUUCUUGUAAAUUUGGACCACUCAUGUCGCCUUAUUAUGUGUGCAUCACAUUAUACUCCAGAAAAUGCCAAAUAUUAACGUACUAAGAACUGUUUAAUACUUUAGGUUUUUACAAACAAUUUACUGUACUGCGUUUCCUCUGACUGGAGGAACACAGUAACAUUGUGGAUCCUUUCUGUUCUUCAUGAUGUUUAUAUAGAACAAAGAAAUAUUGAGUCAAAACUGUGAAAUUCAAAAGAUGCCGAAAGCAUAAUUAUAAAAUGUACAGGAUGAGAUUCAGUGAUUUAAUAUAAGCUCACAGUCAGCAUCACAAGACGGACAAGCUGAUGUGCCCAUAAUUACUAACACAUCUCAUCUUCAAUUCAUCUGGAACACUAAAAGGCCUUGGCUUUGCCUUGUGCGUAAACUGCCCCUAACAACAUUUAAAUAGAUGUUUCAGUGCAUACACACCCCUGCCCAAACCCCCCCACCCCCGAUAAUUGGCAUGUCAGGUACACUUGAACAUAGUGUCAUUUGACUUUUUGUACUGCAGGUUAUGUGCAAACAUGAACUAAUUAUGCACACUUGUAAUAUUUUCUAUUUUCAUAUGAGAUUUAAGUGCUUUUUGUACUCACAGACAUCUUUUUUUCUUCCUUGCAUGAAAUGCAAGAGAGAGGAGGAAAAAAAAUGUUUUUCAUAAAGUAUAUUUGCAUUUGGUACUCCAAUAGUGAAACCAGUGGGGAAAAAACAUUAUGUUUCAUAAUUUCAUUUACAAAACUAUGCCAAGUAUUUAGAAGCUAUUUUUAGAGUAAAUCAAAAGAGAACUCAUUCAUUUUUUUCCUUUAGGACAUGCCUUUAUCUUUGUAUCUAUAAAUACAAGCAUAAUCCAUAGUCAUAUGAUUGUGCUACUGUUGUAUGAUACUGAAGUCUGAUUCAUAAAUAAAUUCUU